AUGGCGUUUCUCUGUUCGUCUCUUCCAAGCUCAUCAUGCUCUAUCGCCAUUUUCAGCGACUCAAACACAGAUGGAUUCCGGUCCUCUCCUCCGAGUUCUUCCUGUAGAUUCCGGUUACGUCCGAUUUCUGCCUCAAACAUUUGUGCUCCAGCGAUCGACAGGUCGACGAUCGUCAUAUCCGAAACGGCGUCGGAGGAUGAGCUCUGGGCUGCAGCUUGCCUCCGUGUACGGACCUUCAACGAAUUCGAUCCUUCUUCUUACAAUAUCCAAGAUCACAGGAGAUAUUUGGCAGAGCGUGAGUUCGAGGCGCUUAAGGAGAGAAUUUCAGGAAAGAGGGAAGGUUUUACCAAGGUGUCCUGCGUAAAUGCUACUCUUCCGUUGUCGCAACUAUCAACCUCCUCUGAGGAUUUAUGCUCUGCAUGUAAGUUCUCUGAUGGCAUAGAAGAUAGAGUUGUUGUGGGGAGCCUUGACCUUAACCAAUGCCGUUGGCUUCCUGAUGAAAUCGCUGGAACUAAACCAGAGGGGUUUACUGUGGAUUUUGGGAGGGCAUACUUGAGCAACGUAUGUGUAGCGAAAGAGCUGCAUCGUAACGGGGUUGGUUACAAACUCAUUGAAAAGUCUAAAGGGGUUGCUAGAGAUUGGGGGAUAACGGAUUUGUACGUGCAUGUGACGGUGGACAAUGAAGCAGCGAAGAGUCUAUACAUGAAAAGUGGGUUCGAGCGAGAGAGCGCUGAGCCAGCGUGGCAAGCUCGAUACCUCAACAGACCACAACGGCUCCUCCUCUGGCUCUCCCUUCCUACCUCCUGA